UAGACUACUCUUGCCCCGAUCUCUUGCCUAUCCAUGCCCGCCUCUCCUUUGCACCUUUACCUUUACAACCCUCUACAUUAUUCAAAACAGUCUCUCUCUCUCUGCAUUCAUUGUUUUCCCUUGACCCGUUUGCGGGAAGGUUUUAGGGAGAGGGUUCUACCGUCAGUUCAAGACUUGCGCUCGUCCCCUCUUCACGGCUCUCUCUCUCUCUCUCUCUCUCUCUCUUUCUCUCUCUGUCCAGGCCAUCCAGAAGAGGAAGACAAGGGGGAUGGGGCUUCUCUCUAACAGAGUUGACAGGGCGAGCCUCAAACCAGGGGAUCACAUCUACUCUUGGAGGGCCGCUUACGUUUAUGCCCAUCACGGUAUUUAUGUUGGGGAUGAUAAAGUGAUCCAUUUUACUCGAAGGGGAAGAGAAGUAGGAACAGGGACAGUCCUGGAUAUCCUAUUGGUGAGCUCUGGGCCAUCUCGAUCCUUAGUACCUUGCGAAACAUGUACUCCUCCUGAAGAGGGCCACGGCGUUGUCUCCUCCUGCCUAAACUGCUUCCUCGCCGGCGGCAUCUUGUACCGGUUUGAGUAUUCAGCAAACCCGGCGUUAUUCAUCGCAAAAGCCAGAGGAGGAACCUGCAGUCUCGCAGAUUCUGAUCCCUCCGAUGUGGUGGUUCACCGAGCUAAUUACUUGCUUGAAAAUGGAUUUGGUUGCUACAAUGUCUUCAAGAACAAUUGCGAAGACUUUGCCAUCUAUUGCAAGACUGGGCUGCUGGUGUUGGACCAGGGAGCGAUCGGGCAAGGCGGGCAGGCAGUGUCCAUAGUUGGUGGGCCCCUUGCUGCCGUUUUAUCUACAUCUCUCCGCUUUCUCACGACAAACAUUUAUGGAAUGGCUGCUUCAGCAUUGGUAGUCUAUUGUGCAAGUAGGUAUGCUGCUGAUAUUGGGAGUGGCAUGAGGAGAGAUGUGGUGAAGGUUUCUGCAGAGGAAUUAACAAGGAGGCUCGCAAUCGGCCUCCUCCAAGUGAUUGAACCCCCGAAUUUGCCAGCACCUGGAUCUUAAUAUCUGUUUCAUCACGCCGCUGAUUUUGCAAUUUAUCAUUCUCCGUUGAUUUAUAAUAUAUAGCCAACUUGACUGCUGUGUGAUUCUACCAUCAAGAAAAUCUUAAGCGGCACGAGUCAUUGUUCUGUAUUUUGCUGGAUGUUUUGACGAUUCAGGUUAACUGCUUUCCUGAUCCGUACCUCUUUCUCAGUUCUGUGCUAUGGGUUUGGAAGUCCUUAAUUAA